AUGGAUUUAGUUAACCACCUCACAGACAGGCUUUUGUUUGCCAUUCCCAAGAAGGGACGACUUUAUGAAAAGGCCGUGAAGAUUCUGAAGGAGUCGGACAUACACUUCCACCGGUCGCAGAGACUAGACAUCGCGUUGUCCACUAACAUGCCAAUUGCGCUCAUUUUCCUACCAGCUGCCGACAUUCCCAUGUUUGUCGGAGAGGGUAGAUGCGAUUUGGGAAUCACAGGUGUAGACCAGGUUAUGGAGUCCGAAGUCGACGUCAAUCUGCCUAUGGACCUUCAAUUUGGGUCCUGCAAGCUUCAGGUUCAGGUUCCGGCCACCGGCAAAUAUACGGAUCCAAAGCAGCUAAUAGGCAAGACGAUCGUUUCCAGUUUCUGUAACUUGACCAAGCAAUAUUUCGCCGAACUCGAGGGCGUCCCUAUCGACCAAUUGAAGACGAAGAUCCGAUACGUCGGUGGUUCUGUGGAAGCCUCAUGUGCUCUGGGAAUCGCCGACGCCAUUGUCGAUCUGGUCGAAUCCGGCGAAACUAUGCGUGCCGCGGGUCUAACUGACAUUGCCACCGUGCUCCAGACGAGUGCGCACUUAAUCGAGUCUAAACGCCCUGUCGGCAACCCAGAACUUCUAAAAACCAUCAAGUCUCGUAUCGAAGGUGUCAUGACUGCGCAAAGAUACGUCCACUGUAACUACAACGUGCCAGAAGCGUUCCUUCCACAAGUGCUUAAAAUCACGCCAGGCCGCAGAGCUCCCACCAUCUCGCAAAUCGACGACGAAGGUUGGGUUGCAGUGUCUGCUAUGAUUGAGAGGAAAAACAAGGGUAAUAUCAUGGACGAGCUUAAGAACGCUGGGGCCUGUGACAUCAUGGUGUUUGAAAUUUCCAACUGUCGUGUCUAA